AAUUUGUGGGUGAGGAAGGUUCCAAUAAUAAAGAUUUUCUCCGAUUGAAAACUAUAGUCCAUAUUUUAAGCCAACAAGAAAAUGAUAAAGUAUAGUAGCCAAAUAGACAAAUAGCUCUUUAAGAGGUAUUUGUAAUAUUUCUCAUAGAACCAAAAACACUUGUUGAAGCCAAGGAAAAGCCACUUCAUCGUCUGGAUGGUAAGAUCAGUUCUUCCUUUCUAUCAUCGGACGGUCCACAUUUACUCCAUUUUCCGGUCGCCGGCUUAAAGAAGGUUUUGGAUUCAACAAGAGGGAAUUUGGUUUUUAACGUUCAACAAAUUUGCUUUAAACGUACGUUUCAAAUUCAAGAAGAAGCUUUAAAGAAGAAACAGAACAAGAACAAAAAGGACAGACCUUUGAGGAGUUUUCAGAUUAAAGAUGGAGAAUUUAUCGAAUCCAGAUGAAAACGACGAUGUGGGAUAUCAUCAAUCACCUAGAUCCAUUGACCAAAAUGAUCAAUCAGCAGCAGAAACUCCGGUUUACUCGACGAUGAGCAUUGAUUCCUUUGUUUAUCCUCGAACUUGUUCAGAGAGCACUUCAGGUUUUUCAGACCAGAUAGAUGAAACCAACAGCUUCUGUAGUGAAGCUUCUCCUUGUAAUUGGCCUGUCCUCACUGAAUCUAAGAGCUCCAAAUGUCUCUCUGGUUUAGAGAUGCAAUCAAAUGAAAGUCUUGCAGUCCAAGAAAUUUCAGAACCAGAACUUGAGACAAUGAAGGAAAGAUUCGCAAAGCUUCUACUUGGAGAAGACAUGUCAGGGAGUGGUAAAGGAGUUUGCACUGCAGUGACGAUCUCAAACGCAAUUACCAAUCUUUAUGCUACAGUGUUUGGACAGAAUCUGAGGUUAGAGCCGUUAGAAACAGAGAAGAGAGCAAUGUGGAAGAGAGAGAUGAAUUGUCUCUUAUCGGUAUGCGAUUACAUAGUCGAAUUCAUCCCUAGAUGUCAGAAUCUAAGCAAUGGAGCUACUGUUGAGGUGAUGGAGAGUAGACCAAGAGCAGAUAUCUAUAUCAACUUACCUGCAUUGAGAAAGCUAGAUUCAAUGCUUAUGGAAGCAUUGGAUAGUUUCCAAAACACAGAGUUUUGGUAUGCAGAAGAAGGAAGUUUGUCGAUGAAAUCAGCGCGUUCUUCGACUGGAUCAUUCAGGAAAGUUAUAGUACAAAGGAAAGAAGAGAAAUGGUGGUUACCAGUUCCUCUAGUGCCACCAGAAGGUUUGUCAGAUAAAGCCAGAAAACAACUCAAAAACAAGAGAGAGAGUACCAAUCAGAUUCACAAAGCUGCAAUGGCUAUCAACAGUAGCAUUCUCAGUGAAAUGGAGAUUCCAGAGUCUUACAUGACAACUCUUCCAAAGUGUGGUAAAAGCAGUGUUGGAGAUUCAAUUUACCGUUACAUGAGUGGUUCGGGUCGGUUUUUCCCAGAACAACUGUUAGAUUGUCUGAACAUAGCCUCUGAGCAUGAAGCUGUUCAGUUAGCAGAUAGAGUAGAAGCUUCUAUGUACACAUGGAGACGCAAAGCUUGUCUUAGUAACUCUAAGAGCUCAUGGAACAUGGUGAAAGAUCUUAUGUCAAAUACAGAGAGAACAGACAAGAACUAUGUUAUGGCUGAGAGAGCAGAGACUCUCCUCUUCUGUUUGAAACAGCGUUAUCCAGAAUUGUCUCAGACAUCAUUAGAUAUAUGCAAGAUUCAGUACAAUAAGGAUGUUGGAAAAGCUGUGUUGGAGAGCUACUCAAGAGUACUUGAAGGUUUAGCUUUUAACAUAGUUGCUUGGAUUGAUGAUGUUCUCUAUGUAGACAAAACCAUGAGAGGUAGUGAAUAAGUUGUACUUGGUAGACUUUUGAUAAGAUUUCUAUGUUCCUGUUUCCCUCUCUUGUAAAGUAAAAUCAGAUCAAAUGAAAUGUAAGAUCCUCGAAAAGAUAUCCAGAAACAUGUAUGAUAGUAAUCAGCUAAGUUUCCCCA